GGAACAUCUGUGCUUUUGUAUUUGGGUGGGCUCUGGUGAUAGUAUAACCUUUCUAUUGGGAAAAUAUAUAUAUAUGAAAAAUAUGACGUACGGUGUGGCAAACAUUUUAGUUAUAUUGAUAUUAAUGCUAGUAAGCAGUAUAUCAUCGAUACAUAGAUCAUUGCCAGAAGACUUUCUUCAGGCAGGACAUACUAACAAUUGGGCUGUACUAGUUGAUACAUCAAGAUUUUGGUUUAAUUAUCGCCAUGUGGCAAAUGUGUUGUCAAUAUAUCGGAGUGUAAAGCGACUUGGAAUCCCGGACAGCCAAAUCAUCCUGAUUAUAGCAGAUGAUAUGGCAUGCAAUCCUAGGAACCCACGUCCUGCCACAGUCUUCAACAAUGCCAAUCAGCAUAUUAAUGUAUAUGGAGAUGAUGUAGAAGUGGAUUAUAGAGGAUAUGAGGUGACAGUGGAGAAUUUUGUGCGUCUCUUGACUGGUCGCUUACCACCAGGUACACCUCGUUCCAAACAGUUGCUGACAGAUGAAGGGAGUAAUGUUUUGGUUUAUCUUACUGGUCAUGGGGGUGAUGGGUUCCUCAAAUUUCAAGAUUCUGAGGAGGUAACAAGUCAGGAAUUGGCUGAUGCAGUUGAGCAGAUGUGGCAGAAGCGAAGAUAUCAUGAGAUGUUUUUCAUGAUUGACACUUGCCAAGGUGCUUCCUUGUAUGAGAAAUUUUACUCACCCAAUAUCUUGGCAGUGGCUAGCAGUCUAGUGGGAGAAGAUUCACUGUCACACCAUGUUGAUCCAGCUAUAGGAGUAUACAUCAUUGAUAGAUAUACGUACUAUGCACUUGACUUUUUGGAACGAGUAGAACCAGACAGUACUAAAACAAUGGGUGAAUUUCUCAGUGUUUGCCCCAAAAGAGCUUGCAUCUCCACAGUUGGUGUGCGAAAGGAUCUGUUCCCACGUGAUCCUCACAAGGUCCCGAUCACAGACUUUUUUGGCUCUCUGCGGCCUGUGGAGCUCACUUUGUCUGGACUGAAUGUGACAGCAAUGUCAAGAACACAGAACCAAAGUAGGAGGGAAGAGUUGAAAAGAAAGGUGUCUGACAGAAGUCUGCAGUAUGCCAAACAAUUUCCAACAUCUAAAUUGGGGUCUUCUUAAGGGCUUUCACUUCAGUAUAGAUAAUAAUUCACCGGACACUUCUCGAAGUAUACUCGUGGACGAGGGAGCAACGAAUGAGCUCCGUAGCCGAAGGCACGAUUUUAGUGCGCGUAACGAAGGCGGGGCUUACCACCGGCCAUCACUCAGUCUUCGAGCUGUACCUCUUUCAUGGUGGUGGGCAAUAUGUGCGGCACCGGUGGGCGGUAAGGAAAUUUUACCAUCAACAAAGAUACAAAAGUGGGCGGUAGGUAUAAAAAGGCUGACGACCCCUGAUCUAGACCUUCCAUGUCAGUUUCCUCUAUGUGACAUGACCUAUAUAGGGCACACUGUGGCCUUGUCCCAGAUGCAAAUUACUGCCUGAAACCCAGGUAUCCUGACUGAGUAUUUAAUGAUUUUACUCAGUCCUUCAAAGUAAAUGCUGGUUAGGCUGCAACCAUUUUCUUCCACAUCCUUUACAAUUUGUUAUUCACUACCAUCCUGUCAUUCAAUGCUACAUAGUCUGAGCUACUGAAAACAUGUUAUUAAAUAAACUAUAAAUAAAACAGAAUGGAUUAUAAAAUAGUUGAUAGCCUUUUUUUAUCACUCCUGAGCUCAGAUGAGUUUUUUCAUAAUGGUGAACUGACAAAACAUGAUUGAUAUACAAGAGAAAGCUGUUUCUGUAACUCGGGUGCAUGUUGGAUAUAACAUGAUCAAAAUAAAGCAAAUAAAUACA